CAAGUAGAAAAGAAAAGAAGAUCUUCAUUGCAAUGCCCAAGGGUCAUGAUAAUGAUUCCAAGGAUUUCGUCCUAAUACCAUCUACUGGAACAAGUAAUCUAGGUGGAGAAAAUGAAAAGGCUUAUAUAUUUAACAAGAAAGAUAUCGUUGAAGCUUCAAAGGGAGAGGUUGAAUAUUUGGAUGAAAAGUUAGUCGAUUAUCCAAAAAUCAUAACAAUUAUUGAAGAAUCAAAUGUUACUGGCAGUGACUAUAAAGUAAAUAGAGAAGUUGUGAUUGGAAAAAUAGAUUAUCACGUUGAUGAUAUAUUAAACGAUGAAGUUACUCAGUUGUUGAAGUUACAAUUAGAAGAAAGGUUUCACAGACAAGAAAUAGAGAGGAUUGCUGAGGAAAAUGUGUCACUCGAAAACAAGUUAUUUAUAUAUCCUCCUGUGGUUACGCCUGAUCAAGAGAUUGAAGUGUUUCUUAACAAGAGUCUUUCAACUCUGUGUAUUGAGUCAGAUAUUUUUAUUAAAGGAGGUUUUAAUGAUUGGAGAUGGAAACCUUUCACUGAGAGAUUGAAUAAAUCAGACCUACUCGGUGGUGAUUGGUGGUCUUGUCGAUUACACGUUCCAAAAGAAGCCUAUAGAGUGGACUUUGUGUUGUUCAAUGGGAAAAGUGUUUAUGACAAUAAUGACGAAAAGGAUUUCUCCAUACAUGUCGAUGGUGGAAUUACUGCAUUUGAGUUUGAAGAUUUCUUGCUCGAGGAAAAACGUAUAGAAUUAGAAAAACUUGCUACGGAGCAAGCUGAAAAAGAAGAGCAAGAAAAAAUUGCGAGAAAAAUAGAGGCUGAGAAGGCUGCGAGAGAGGAAGAUAGAUCAUUGGCUAUGGCAAAGGUAGAAUCGAAGAAAAAAUUGUUGCAAAAGUUGACAAAAAACGCAGUAAGAUCUGUUAAAAAUCUUUGGUACAUAGAACCUAUUAAGUUUGGAGGAAAAAGUUUGGUGAGAUUAUAUUAUAAUAGAAAAUCAGGUCCUCUUGCAAAAGUUCAAGAAGUAUGGCUUCAUGGUGGGUACAAUGAUUGGAUGGACAAAUUAUCAUUUGUUAAAAGGCUUGUCAAAAUUGGUCCAAAAGAUGGUGAUUGGUGGUGUGCUGAUGUUGUUGUCCCAGAGCAAGCAAUUGUCAUAGAUUGGGUUUUUGCUAAUGGUCCACCUAGAAAUGCAAGUGUGUAUGAUAACAACAAUGGUAAAGACUUUCGUGCUCUUGUGAAUAAGAGCAUACCAGAUGAAAAGACUUGGAUUUGGGAACAAGAAAGGACAUAUAUAAAAUUGCAAGAGCAAAGAAGGUUAAGAGAAGAAGCUCUGGCUGUGAAGGUUGAAAAAACAGCUAUUAUGAAAGCUGAAACAAAGAACAAAACUUUGCAGAGAUUUUUACAUUCUCAAAAGCAUGUUGUCUUCACUCAACCUCUUCGUGUUGAGGCAGGGAGUACAAUAACUGUGCUUUAUAAUCCCUGCAACACGAUCCUAAAUGGAAAACCAGAGGUUUGGUUUACACAUUCAUUUAAUCGUUGGACUCAUCGAAAUGGUUUAUUUCCACCUCAAAAAAUGUUGUCUUCAAACAAUGAAACUUAUGUCAAAACCUCCGUUAAGGUUCCAUUGGAUGCAUAUAUGAUAGAUUUUGUAUUCUCCGACAAAGAAGACGGUGGGGUUUUUGACAAUAACAAUACGAUGGAUUAUCAUAUACCUGUUUCAGGCAGUAUUGUAAAGGAAACAACCAUGCAUAUUGUUCAUAUUUCUGUUGAGAUGGCCCCUAUUGCGAAGGUUGGAGGGCUUGGUGACGUUGUUACUAGCCUAUCACGAGCAAUUGAAGAACUAGAUCACCAUGUAGAUAUUAUUCUUCCAAAGUACGAUUGUUUGAACCUUAGCAAUGUAAAAGAUUUUCGAUAUCACAGAAACUAUUUUUGGAAUGGAACUGAAAUAAAAGUAUGGCAUGGAAAGGUGGAAGGUCUCUCGGUGUACUUCUUAGAACCUCAUAAUGAUUUCUUUCGUGUUGGUCGUAUCUAUGGUUGUGAGAAUGAUGCAGAAAGAUUUGGUUUCUUUUGUCAUGCAGCUCUUGAAUAUUUAUUUCAAGAUGGAUUUCAACCGGAUAUCAUCCAUUGCCAUGAUUGGUCGAGUGCACCAGUUACAUGGUUAUGCAAAGAACAAUACAGACAUUGCAAUCUAAGCAAAGCAGGGGUUGUGUUUACAAUUCAUAACCUUGAAUUUGGAGCUCAUUUAAUUGGAAAAGCAAUGGCAUACACAAACAAGGCUACAACUGUUUCCCCAACUUAUUCUAGAGAGGUUUGUGAAAAUCCUGCAAUUGGUCCUCAUUUUGACAAGUUUCACGGUAUCUUAAAUGGAAUUGACCCUGAUAUAUGGGAUCCAUUUAAUGACAAGUUCUUACCUAUAUCGUACACAUCUGAAAACGUUGUUGAAGGUAAAAAAGCUGCCAAGGAAGCCUUGCAAGAUAGACUUGGUUUAAAAAGAGUUGAUCGUCCUUUAUUAGGGGUUAUUUCUCGAUUGACUCAUCAAAAAGGAAUUCAUCUCAUCAAACAUGCUAUACAUCGCACCCUAGAACGUGGUGGACAGGUUGUGUUACUUGGCUCAGCUCCAGACCCUUGUAUCCAAAAAGAUUUUGAAAAUUUGGCUAAUGAAUUACAUUCUGUUCAUCAUGAUCGUGUUAGACUUUGUCUUGUAUACGACGAGCCCUUAUCACACUUGAUAUAUGCUGGAGCUGAUUUCGUUGCAGUUCCUUCAAUCUUUGAGCCAUGUGGACUAACUCAACUUAUAGCAAUGAGAUAUGGUUCAAUACCUGUUGUUCGAAAAACAGGAGGACUAUAUGAUACUGUAUAUGACGUUGACCAUGAUAAAGAUAGAGCACAUGCACAAGAUCUUGAACCGAAUGGAUUCAGUUUCGAUGGAAGUGAUGCUACUGGUGUUGAUUAUGCCCUCAAUAGGGCAAUAUCAAGAUGGUACGAGGAUCGUAAUUGGUUUGACAAUUUAUGCAAAACAGUGAUGGAGCAAGAUUGGUCAUGGAAUCGUCCAGCUCUUGAUUAUUUAGAGCUUUACCAUGUUGCACGUAAGGCAGCAUGAGAUU